AUGUCGUCCUCCACCGUCCUCACCGUGUUCGCUGCCCUCGUCGCCUCGGCCAACGGCCUUCUCUGGCUCCAGUGGGGAGGUGACGCCAACGCUCGUGCCUACGAAUGAGACCCACCUCCACUUCUGAAUAAAGCUUUUUAAUCCAAAAUAUGUUAUUCUUCUCAUCGAAAAGAAAAUAUAUAUCCAUGUUGGUAACAUUCCAACACUGUUUUUCUUCAUUUUAUAUUUCGUUUCUUUUUCAGUUUUACACCCUUUAGAAGAUAACUAUCCGAGAAAUAGUACGAAUGAAAGCCCUUUUUUAAAAUUUCGCAUAUAUUCUCAAUUCUUUCUUUUUUGCAACGUGUGUAACAUCUUUUUCGAUUUGAAACGAAUUAUGUUUCUACAGACGUAUUUUUUGUUUCUUUUUCAUAGUAUAGCGGAGAAAAUAAGCUUUCAAAUAAUUUUUUAUGUGAAAGAAAUGAGUUAUGGUUGCUACAUUAUCGGAAAGCGACAGCUAGAAAUUUGCGAUUUUUCUUUAUAAUUGUGUUCCUUAAGAAACAUUAUCUUGCUUCUUCUAAAGUUAUUAUCAAUUUUUGAAAGGAAUCGAUCAAAUAAACGUAAUUUUUUUCGAAAAUUUAGCUGUUGAAACUGUGUUUUUGAUAAUGAAAAAUUAUAAUCUUUCCCAGAGGAAAUUAUGUAUUUUCAUGGUUCAUCAUGUCAGAAAUAAUUGUGACAAUUACGCCGUUCAAAAUGAAUUUCAAAAGAUGAACCCCCGACAAAAAAUAUAUAAUCAAAAAUGCCGAGUCUGAUCUGGCCAAAUAUUUGAUCUAACGGCGGGGAAGUCAAAGCGGCCGAGGUUCGAGAAGGAUCUCUGGAGUGGCGCGAAAGGUUAGGCGUCCCAAAAACAAUCGUCAUUCUCUUUUUUUUCUCCGUUCUGGGCAGGGUGUUGCUGCCGCUCGUCUUAAUUUUUGAAUUUACUAUUGUAAUUGAUGUUUUUUUGUAAAGUUUGAUUGUAUAAUUUCAAUUUUCUCGAUGGUUUUGCAUAUUUCUAAAUUUUUUUGAAUUUUUUAGGCGUCAUAUUGUUGUUUUUCUAUCCAAAAGGUGUUUCCUAUUUCAAAUUUAAUGUGAUUAGUUUUUUAAUUAUCCUUUCAGGAAUUUUUCAAAGGCGCAGAGAAUUUGAACAGCAAUGGGAUCGAUUAUUCGCCACGUAACUUUCAAAGAUUUCACCUCUGCGCCUUUGAACUUUCCUUUAGCAAUAUUUUUUUGUUUGAUCUAACGGCGGGGGAGUCAAAGCGGCCGAGGUUGACCUUCUGAAAACUGACCUUCUAGAAAUUUUGCACUUUUAUUGCAAUUUAAGUAAUUAAGAAUAAUUUUAUAACUUUUUCAUUGAGUUUUCGCGUCGAAUCGUCGAAUUUAGGUUUUUCGGUAUGAAAAGAAAAAUUCAUUAUUUGAAUAUCAUGUAAUCAAAGCUCUUCUAACUAUCCUUGCAGGCUUUUCACGCGAGAUAAAUUGAAUCACUUGUUGAUUUUAAUUGAUUUUCUUCAGAAGGGCCGCCCCUGCUGCCAGAGGACCGAUGGAUGGCGACUCCGACGACGUUUUCAACGCCUCGACUGGAUGGUAUAAAAUUCAAAAGUUUUAAUGUUUUAUUUUGCGUUGAGGAACGUUUGAAGAUUCAAAUUUCCCAUUUUUUUAAAAUGUAUUUCUUGAUCGGCUUCCUAAAAACCGACGUUUCUCAACGUGGAAAGUUUUUGUGUCAAUUGAAAAAAAUUGUUUCUCUUCUCGAAAGUUCGACUCAAACUUUUUAAUCCUUAUUUACAGACUUUUCAAUUUAGACCUCUGGGUGAUAUCGCAUGAGGCCCGCAUAUAAUUUUCGAAAAAUUCCGUCCUGUUUCACUAGAAGCAACGCGGUCGCGCUGCGGUUUCACAUCCUUUCAAUUUUUCUUCAAAAUUGAUUUUUUUAAACUUUGUUCUUACAGUAAUUUUUGUUAUAUUUUUCCUACUUUUUUUCUUCUAUUAGGGGUAAACUUGUCAAGCCGUCAGCUGCAAACAAGUCUAGUUAACGAACUCAAAAGCCGUUCUCAAUUUUUUUAGUCAUUUUACAUUUUCAUACAAAAAGCAUUUAUUUUUUUCCAUUCCUUUGAGCCGUUUUUUAUUAUGAAAAAGGAGUUUUGCAAAAAAAAAAACCAGUUUUCGGCUCGAAAUGAUGACAUUAAGUUUAUUAAAGCCACAAAAGAGUUUCAACAAGCGUUUUGAACCGUUACGCGACCGCGUCGCACAACUUUCUGAUCAUCCUUUUUUCAAAUGUUUCUUUCGAAUUUUACUAGGUGAGGUUUUAAAAAUCGUUUAUCAAAAAGGUCGACUUGUCAAGCCGUCAGUUUGUUCUUAAAAUCUUAAAACAUUCAGUUUUUUUCCGUAUUAAAAAAACUUUAUUUUUGAGAAGCCUUUUUUUGAAAAAAAUACUAGCUCUCCACUUGACAUGUUGACCCAUAAGUUCAUACUUUUUAUAGUUUUUAUUAUUUUUUUAAUUUCGUCAUGAACUUCUUGAUUAAAAAAAUACCUACCCUCUUAAUUUUUUUUUUUGCGUUUUAUGCUUUUUAUAGUUUUUUUUCUUUGAGUGUUCAGGUUCAGUUUUAGUUUCAUGCGACAUCAUCUACCCUUCUAGAUUUAUUUUUUAUAGUACGAGUUGAAUGAACUUUCUAGAAGAAAAAAAGUUUUUUGUCCGUCUCUUGUCCGUGGGGUGAAUGUUGCCGGCGUCUUUGGUCGGUGGUGGCGCAGAAAAAAAGACGACUGUAUCCUUGGCUUUUGUCCGGUCAGAGAGAGCAUCACAAAAGAGGAAAGCUGUAGUCUGGCGUCUCCUAAAAUGCCGUGCUCUCUCGCCGGCUUCAGCCGAGCAUACAUGCGGCUUUUGCUCUGUGGAGUGGGGGUACUGUGGGGCGCGGCUUCUUUUCCCUUCCAAGCUCGUCGAUUCGAAGAUGGCGUUCAGUAUAUUGGGUUGUGUAAAAAAAUAAAUUUCACUUUUUCCAAGUUUUUAGUUUUUUUGUUUUUUUCAGAUCAGUGCUAUAUCCAAGCUUCUCAUGAUCCGGAUGAAAUCAAAAAUACUUCGCGCAGUAAUUCAGUUUUUUCCCUAAUUUUCUGUUGUAUUCAAUGCCGCAAAUUCUCAAGCUGAAUCGAAAUUGAAGAUGGAUCAGCACUGAUCUCAAAGUUAGGCCUUUAUGUAGUUCUGUCCAUUGUUUACUUUUAGCUUUAAGAAUUUAUUGUGAAGAUAGAAAUUUAGGGUGAGUGACAACAAUAUUUAGAAUGCGUUAGGUCGAGUUUACGGAGAUUUAAGUCCACAAUUAGGUUCAGGUUGCCGUAUUUUCAUACAACACUUUCGAUUGGAAAGAACGAGAACUUCAUCAAAGAAAAAAAUAAGAAAAUUUUUGUUCCUUUUUACACUUUUACUCUUGCCUGAAAUUUUUAGAAUUCCAAUUACAAUAAAAAAAGACCUGAGUUUAUUGAUAGACUAUAAAUCUUCAUACAUUCGACUUCAUAUAUAGAUGAUAAAUAAGGAAGCUGCAAAUUUCACAAAAAUGAUUCAACUCGUUUAUAGAUUACUUUUUCUUUUUUUGAUUCUCUUCGAUUUCGACCUAAAAUAUUUUUUUAGAUUAAAGUGGAACUUUAUCGAAGUGGAGGCAAAUAUAACUUUCAUGGUUCUCUUCCUCCACGCCACAGAUCUGUCUGUGAGCGAAAUAAACAUUCAUUCAUUCAUAAACCUUAGCUUUUAAAGUUUUAUUUCAGGUAUAUGCAACAAUCUUCGUUCAUGUUGAUGUGAAUUUAGCUAGCUUCUGGUUUUUUUAGGUAGAUAGGGAUACUCUGAUCAUUGAUUUUUUCUAGCUGGAUCUUAAAAUUUCAGGUAUUUUUUUGUUUCUCAGGUAGUUAGUCCAAGAUGUCAGUUUUUCGAGAUUCUUUGAGAUAUAUUUUUUUAAAGGUUCCUAAGUUGAUUAACAUAGGUUCUUUUUGUCAAUUGGUAUUGUUCAAUAAAAGGCGAGAUUUAUUUGUACACAACCUGAUAUGAUUCCCGAGCUCAUGGGAAUGUACUCAAUUUGCUGGUUGGUCUAGUGGUUCAGAAACUGAUUUUUUUUAAACUCACGACGAAGGUUCGGAUCUUGAUGAAGAUUCAGUUUUUAAUUUAACUUGAUAGUUCAAAGGGUAUUUUUUUGCGAGUUGUUUUUUUAGUCGAAACUGUUACAUUUUACCAAAAUUUAACGGAAUUUCAUUCAAUUUUUUUAGAGUUUACUUUCUUUUUUUCAAACUUUUUUACUGAGUACUUACUCUUUUUGCAACAAGGAAAUCCGCAAUGGGUUAUUUGGGCUUUCGAACUUGGCCGCUUCACGAAAUGUUUUUCUUUCUAUAAAUUCAUGUUUUUUUCGAUUUAAAAAAACUUUUUGAAACCUGAACCAUUUUUUUCAUUGAUAUUCUUGGUAUUAGCAAAAUUGAGCUUUAGAAAUCCAUGAAGCGGACAAAUUGAAAGUUCAUGAGCUUAUUGCGGUUUUUUUUUCAAACUUUUAAUGCUUUUUUUUUGAAUGUUAAAAUGGUCUUAUUCAAACAAUCAAUAAAUUGCGUACAUUUGCGUGGGUUCGGGCGCCACCUGACAGUGUCUUGUGAGGGCAUUCCUGCUCCUUUGCUCCAUCACAACUUCUAAGCUUCAUCCUGAGCCAACUUGAGCUCGAACUCUUUCUAUUUGAUCUUCAGAUCAUUUGAAUGGAACAUGCAAGACUUGUGCCUUGUUAAAAAAGUGCUCUCGAAUUUUGGACUCUUUAGAUGUUUCAUAGUUCACCUGCAAGACUUCUGUUUUGAAUUUAAAUUAGAGUUUUGCGUUUUAAAGUUUUCUCCAUUCCAAUACAGUCAUAAAUAACGGUCAAAAAAAAAAAACUUUGACUUUUGGCAAAACUGUUAUUUAAAAACUUAUUUAUUGUAUUUUCUACUUUUUUUGUAUUCACUUUCUACAUAUAUUUGAGAAAAAUUUUUUUUUGCAGUUUUUUAGAGCUCAAAAGGUAAUAUAUUGACUGUUUCAAAUUGGCGAAGAUUUCAAAACGCAAUUCUUCAUUCAAUUAGUCAAAAAAAACUUUGACGUUUUUUUGAGAGAUUUUUUUACUUCAUAGUAAUUUCAAGUCACCAAAACUUUGUUUUCAGUAGAAUUUUCUUUUCAAAGACAACUUCUUCAUCUCUUUUUAAGUGCUUUCAUCGAUACACAGAAGAAAUCAAGUCUUUGGUGUAGUUUAAAAAAAAACUAGAAGCUAUGCCUCAAAAAAAAAGCCUUGCAGAUGAACUUGCAAAUGUUCUAAAACUUGAAAUUUUCAAGCUUUUUUGAAACGCUUGUUGCAGUUCUUCUUAGGUUCAUUAGGGUCAAUCAGCACUAGAAAAAUACUUGAAAAAAAAAAUUUAUUUUUCUUGAAACGGACUUCAAAAAUGUGUUCCUUCUGUAAUUUUUGGAAGGUCGAACUGAAAACUUUCUUCUUUUUUUUCACAACCUUAGAAGCUUAGAUGUUUUAUGUGAUUGACUUGAGUGGACUAGAGAAGCGCAAGACGUGUUCAACAAAAGCUUCAAGUUUGGGAGACUUAUAUUUUCAUUCAACAACAAAAAAACUUUGAGAGCACCUUUUCAACAUAGCACAAGUACAUCAUGUCCUUUCGAAGGAUUUGGAGCGAGCUUGAGCUCUCAGGAUGAAGCUUGGAAGUCGUGGUGAAACAAGAUCAGCAUGAAUGACCUUGUAGGACAAUGGCAAUGGCAAAUGACGAGCGUGGAGGUAAAAGAAGCCUCGCUUGACAGGACCCUCACCAGGCCUCAAGCCACCUACCAAAGACUUGGCCUCGAGCUCCACCGUCCUCCAGAGGGCGGUGAAGCCCGAAGUCAGUCGUCCGGCUCGGACUCCGCAGCCAGCCUGUGGGGUCUGAGGCUGAGGUCUCUGGCCUAGGCCCUUAAGGCUCUGGCUGGAGACUCCGCCUCAGACUUCAACGGCGGGGUGUGGAGCUCGAGAUCGGAAUGUCUACCCGGCACCUGAAACCCCAGGUCCGGCAGCGGCUCUGACCCUGCCGGACAAAACCAAGAACAAAAGGGGGAGGAGAAUUCUUUAUUAAAAAUCAUGGUUCAGAGUGUCCGGUUCAAUGCCGCCCUCGGAGUACGACGUCGUCCGGCAUCCAUCCCGGCUCGCGUCUCGACCGGCAUCCAUCCCGUCACAUCACUCGACCUGAAACCCUCCCCAUUAGCCCCGCUGAUUUCCUUCCCUUGUGA